AUGAUCUUCGCCAUCGGGUGCGCUAUUUGUCGACUUUCUGAACAGAACCUACAGCAGGAGGCAGAUGAGAAUCUCUUUUUGGCACGAGCUAAAUAUCUGAGCCUUUCAGAGAGCGUUCUCUAUGAUCAUGAUGAUCUACAACAAGUACAGGCCGAAGCCCUGCUGGCUUUCUACUUCCUGGUCGUAUCGCAAAUAAACAGAUCAUGGAAAAUAAUUGGCAUUGCGGUACGCUCGGCUAUCGCGCUAGGGAUCAAUCUUCGGCAAAAGACAAGCGAGCACGAUUUUAAAUCAGACGAAGCUCGCAAGCUACUGUGGUGGUCGAUUUUUCGCCUGGAGAAUGUUCUUUUUGUCAUGACCGGGAGAGUUUCCUGCCUCGGAAGUGCUUUCUGCUCCACACCUCCGCCACUUCUCGGGCCAGUUCUGGAAUCCGCAGGACCGGACAUCCACCCGUCAGCCAACGCGCACCGAUGGACCAUAGAUUUGGGAAAAAAGCAGAUGGAUUCUCAGAGGAAUCUUUUGCAGUCGCUAACUCCCAGCACAUCCCUCUAUUUUUUUUAUAUGGUAGAUCUGUCUUUGAUCGCCCAUACCAUCGCUAAUGAAGUAUAUGUGAUCGACAGUUCACGGGCAGGCCGAGCGCGAGUCGAAGGCCGUAUAGAAUUUUAUAGCAAGAAGGUGGAUUACUGGAUAUCGACUUUACAUCCUUCGUUCAGUUUCCAAGACAGUCAAGGUAAUCCACAACUGAGAAUCAGCUCCCCCUUUCAAAUUUCCUUCGCUUUGAAUUACUACAGCGCCCGCAUCGUGCUUAAUCGACCUUGCCUCAACAGCCAUGCAUUUGGAAAGAAAAGCGGCUCACAGCCUUCUCGUUCCCAGUUUGCCAAUGCAGCCGCUCUCAACUGUCUCCGUGCGUCCCUGGCUAUCAUGGCACUACUACCAGAUCAACCGGACCUGGUUUGGUGUUAUGAAGUCCUGCAGUGGUGGGAUCUAUUACAUGUUCUUACUCAGGCGAUUGUAAUACUACUUCUCGAUAUUUCAAUUGGUCCAAUACCGACGAGGUCAGAUGAAAGGACAGUUUCUGUUGAAUCGUCAGACCUGGUUUGGACGAGGACGAAGAAAGGUCUUUGUUGGCUACAUUGUAUGGGAAGAACUUCAGAGGCCGCUCGACGGGCCUUUCAGUUCUUCAGCAGCUGCAUUGGUCGCAUAGCUCCCGCUAAUAACCUCGACCUGAGCGGCAUCCCUUCGACGUUCGGAUCAUUUCAAACCUCCCGUGAUCCGAACUUCCCAUGGCUUCGAGACUCACCCAAAGAGAAUGGAAUGACGCCUCAGCAAGAAUUGCACUCCUUGAAUGAUCGGGAGUUUUUGAAGUGGAUGGAUUCACCCAAUUUGUCUAGGUAUGACAAUAUAUACGACGACACACGAUCUCAUGAUUCAGAAGGAACUCUGUCUUCUUUGAGUAUAAUACCAAGUACCUCAGCAGUGCUCGACGCUGAUACAGAUAUGUCGGAGCUCAUCUCAAAUUCAGAUACCAACAUCGACGAUUUGCUGAUGUCCAUGGUGGGCUCUAAUGCAUCCUGGACCGCGAGUUCCGGCAGUUUUGGGUCUCUGGAACAAUUGCAUACAUCAGAAACAUAUCUACAGUAG